AUGAGACUCUUCGCCUUCGGCUCCAACGGAUCGGGCCAACUAGGCAUCGGCCACGAAGAAGACGUCAGCACACCAACGCAAUGUCUCUUCGAGCAGCCAGAGCAACCCCAAGGAUCCCAAAGACACACCAUACCAAACAUCAGCCUCGCAGAUGAUUCUGAAAUUAUUACCAUUGCAGCAGGGGGAAACCACACCCUCCUUUUAGCAAGCAACGGCUCCAUCUACGCCGCUGGCUGCAAUACAGACGGACGGUGCGGGCCGCACAGGGAAACCAAAAACCCAAAAGAGCCCGAGUCUGACAUCAACGAAAGAAACAUCCUGCGCUUUCGUCAAAUGAUUCUGUCAGACACUGUAUCCGACACAGAGGUAUCCAAGUUCAAACAUGUUUCCGCGACGUGGGAGGGCACGGUUGCUGUAGCUUCCGUGUCUCGGACCCGCGGCAAUGACAUCGGCCAUGGACACAGUUCUGACACUGAAGAUCGAGUCUUUGUAUUCGGAUCCUCGCCUAAAGGCGAACUGGGUCUAGGACCAGACACCCCUGCCCCUGUCCCGGGGACAUGUAUCCCCUCCUUCCCGCCAGCGGGGCUGCGGAUCACAGCACUGGCGAGCGGGAUGGCGCAUUCGGCUGCUGUGCUCUCGAAUGGGGAUGUGUAUGGAUGGGGCGCGGCGCGGAAGGGUCAACUUGGGGAAGAGAAUCGAGGGGCUAGGGUUGCUUAUUCUCCUGUGCGGAUUUGUGUGCCGUUUUUCGCGGAGGCUGUUACUUGCGGGAGGGAGUUUACGGUUGUUUCGGGGCAGGGGCGGUUUGUUGUUCUUGGAGAUGGGGGGAAUCGGUGGGGUAUAUUGGGUGUGCCGGAAAGUUUAUCUUUGCGCGUGGGAUCGAAUGAUGAGGAUAGGGGUCUAGGUGAAGAUGGAGAUUAUUUACAGGAUGAUGAGAAAGGGGAUUGUGGAGGACGCAGUGGUACUAUUCGUUAUCGCUAUACUGGUAUUGGGGCUAGUUGGCAUGGGGUUUAUGUACAUGCUGCGCCUGGGCUGGGACGGGUGGAACCGUCGACAUCGGAUGCACAGACAGACUCUGAUUCUGAUUUUGUCGGUGGUUCCAUUGUCGCUUGGGGUCGCAACGAUCGAGGCCAACUUCCACCGCCGGAUCUCCCGCCUCCUGCUAAACUCGCUGUUGGUAGUGAGCAUGCCCUUGCUCUCCUGGGAGAUGGUCGAGUGGCGGCGUUUGGAUGGGGCGAGCAUGGGAAUUGUGGGCCUGAUACAGAUUCCCGGGGGAAUGUAUCGGGUACAUAUAAUGUGAUCUCGCUUUCCGAAGCUGUGGGUACGGAUGGGAAGGUUGUCGGCGUUGGAGCAGGGUGUGCGACUAGCUGGAUGAUUGUGACAUGA